GGUGGCGCCGUCCGACUUUGCAAUGAGAAGCUCGUCUCAAGGACAAAACUCGCUGCACUUAGAAUUGAUCAUUUUUCAUUUGGAAACAUAGAACACGUUGGAAUUCGAUGGUUUUUGAGUGUCCGCCGAUGUAAGGAGGACGAGGCUUGGAACGUAAAUACAUUAGUAUACAUAUACUGAUUUAUAUAGAACUGGAAGGGACGACGUGCGGACGGUUUUGAUUGGCUGGGCCAGGAAUGGUGGAUCACCUGCUGGCGAGUGAGGAGACGUUUGGCUCGGACGUGUUUUCAGCGCGGCCGUACUUCCUGUCGGACAUGGGGACGGACGCGGGGAGGCACCACACGCUGCCGUCGCCCUUUUCAGAGGACGACCUGAGCGACGUGUCCAGCCUGCGGUCCUGCUCCAGCCCCGAGGCCCAGCUCCUGGGCUGCAGCUCCGGUUCAGAGAGCCUGCGCUCGGGCUUAGAGAGCCAGGGCGGCCUCCUCGACCUCCUGCUGCUGCACACCUCCCUCUCCGGCCUGUGGGAGUCGCCACGCCCACAGCCGGCUGAGGACGAGAGGUUGGGCUUCCCAGCGUUCUCACCCGGCCUGGAGGAGCGGACGGGGCUGUUCCAGCCCACGCUGGAGGAGAUCCAGGAGUUCCUGGAGGAGAAUAUGGAGGUGGUGGCUCUGAAGCAGGAGCCUGGGGGGCGGGAGCUGGCCAAGGGGUGCGGGGCUGACCACGCGGCCCAAAAGGCGCCCCUGUCCAGUGCCAACAUCCCCGCCCCAGCCGAAACUGAGCCCAGAACCGCCCAGUCUAGCCCCAACCUGGACCCCAGCCCUUUGGGCGGGAUAAAGCAGGAGGAGGGUCCGGUGGGCGAGGCUGGGGGAGGGGUGUCGGUGGUCCUGCAGGUCCAGCCCGUCCAGAUUAAGCAGGAGCCCCCGCCCCCACAGCUCCUGGUGACCAUCCAGGGCCACACCUUUGCCCUCGUGCCCCAGCUGCCACCCUCCUCUGCCAGCCUGAGCACCUCGCCCAAAUUCGCCCGCAUAGCGCCCGUCCCCAUCGCUGCCAAGCCCCAGGGCGGAGCCGGGGCCGGGGCCGGAGGGCUCCUGUCUGGGGGGCAGAAGCUCCAGAAGAGCCCGGUGGCGGACCUGAUUAAAAUGCACAAAUGCUCUUUCCCCGGGUGCUACAAGACCUACACCAAGAGCAGCCACCUGAAGGCCCACCUGCGUAGGCACACUGGGGAGAAGCCCUUCGCCUGCACCUGGCCAAGCUGUGGCUGGAGGUUUUCUCGCUCGGAUGAGCUCUCCCGACAUCGACGCUCCCAUUCAGGGGUGAAGCCAUACCAGUGUCCCGUCUGUGAGAAGAAGUUCGCUCGCAGUGACCACCUGUCCAAACACAUCAAAGUGCACCGCUUCCCCCGGAGCAGCCGAACCGCGCGCCCCUCAACCUGACCCCUGACCCUCCAAGGGGGCCGAGAACCUGGGACAGAGAGAGAUGAGUGAGAGAAGGAGUGGAUGAGAGAGAGAGAGAGAAGGAUGAGAGAGAGAGAAGGAGUGGAUAAGAGAGAGAGAAGGAUGAGAGAGAGAAGGAGUGGAUGAGUGAGUGAGAAUUUAUGGUGGGUGAACAAAUGGCAAAGAAAGGAAAAACAAAACCUGUUACUUGGUUAGGCUUCUGUGUGGAUACCCGGCUCUUCCCACAAUUCUCUCUGUUUUUUACUUUAAAUUUAAAAUAUCAGAAGUGUAUUUCAGAAGUGUAAGAUCAGAAGUGUAUAGGUUUGAGGUAUGUUGUGCUGUUGGUGCACCUGCCUGUUCAACCUGGUUAAAUGCAGGAAAUUCCUCAGCAUUGUUUAUCUUUGGUCAACAUUAGCUAAUUUCUCAGGGAAUUUGCCUUGGAGCACAACAAUCACUUUUAAAUUUAACAUGCAUCAAUUUAGCAUACAUCAGAAAAUAAGGUUUUUAAGGUGCUUUUUGUCAACAGCAGUGGUUUUAACUGUCAAUACGAUAAAAGUUCAGAUUAAAUGGACUUGUUCUCAUUUGUAUUUGCAUAAUGCAAUGUCCUGUAGUCAUGUUGUACAAGACAAUGAAUUAUCAUAAACUAAGUAUGAGAAAUAAGCUACCGAUGACUACAAUGUAAAUGGACCAUUCUGUGUUGUUGCCUGAACCAUUUUAAAAUACAGACACUUGGAAAUGCUUGAACUGCUGAUAGUAAUCAGGAUAAUGUUGUUAUAAGCUAUGGGUGAACUCUGAGACCCAAGCUUCAGUGCAGAGAGAGAACUUGAUUGUUUCCCAAGGGCUCAAAGUCCUUCUCAAAGGCAGGUUUAUCAACAACCAACAAAAUGGCAAACUCACCCUGACAAAGAAAAAAAUGUGCACACUGAUAAUGUUGUGAUGUCAACCACAACCAGCUGGCCUUUCAGAUCAGUAUUGAAGAAUUUCUUGUAUUUUGUGUGUAUUUUCAAUGAUCAGCUGGUCUUGUGAUUGUAAUUUUAUAUGGACUGUAGUUUGCAUUUGUCCUUACAUUUGAAUGCAUUAUAUAUUUUCUUCAUAAUCAUAAAUUUAAUGCAUUUUCUGAAGUCGCACUGUUUGUGAACAAAAAAUGUGUUAUUGCUUUUAACUGUGAGUCAAAGUUCAGGACAAAUGUUAAUCGAAUACUUCAUUGUUCAUUGAAUGCCUUGCUGUUGAGAUAUCAAAAUGUAAUACAUUUGUUCAGCCUUAAUGCAAGUUGGUCUUCAAUAUCGUAGUUCAGGUACAGUGGGGUCCAAAAGUCUGAGACCACAUUGAAAAUCUGGCAUUUUGUUUUCAUGUAAUCCUGGAAACAAACAGAAAGUUUUAGGAUUUAAAAAACAAAUUCAAGUUAUUCAAAGCUUUGCAAUAACCACUCGAAGACUAAAGAACAGCAAGGAGUGCUGGACAAUCCACAAUCACCUGACCUCAACCCCAUUGAACAUUUAUGGGGGUACUUGAAGACUGACAGAAGCCAAGCAUUCAGUAACCUCACAAGAUGCUCUUUGGAACAUUGUCAAAUAAUGCUGGGAUAACAUGAAUCAUCAGGUUUUGCACAAAUGUGUGGAGUCCAUGCCAGCUUGAGUGCAUGCUGCCAGUAAAGCAAAAGGGGGGCAUACCAUAUAAGAAAUUCCGAAAUUCAUGUAGUUUUCAAAGAUUAAAUUUUUUCACUUAAAUUGUUAUGCUGAUAAUAUAAUUUGUAAUUAGAAAAGAAUGCAAAAUAGAAGCAUGUUCACUCGUGGUCUCAGACUUUUGGACCCUACUGUAUUUUUUGUAAUAAAACUACUUUCUAUGUGAAAAAAAUAAAUAGCGUUAAAAAACAGUGGGAUAUGAAUUUAAAAGCAAAGCAAGAAGGACAUUUCUGAAUAUGAACUCAGACAAUGGAGUGUUCAGUAGCUACAAUGAGUAAAUGUCUUGACUUCUGCCUUAACUGUUCAGACUGUGUUACUGGAUCGCUCCCCUGUUGUGUGAGUGUGUGUGUUGUGUGUGUGUGUGAAUGCUGCCCUGCUGUGUGUGUGAAACGCUUGCUUCCUGUAUGCCAUUCCCAGCUGAGGCUGCUGGGAGCUGUAGUCCUGGUGCCUCUGCGGUUUGAGAAAAACAUCCAGAACCACAUCUCCAAACUGCCUGGGGAACAUUGUUCAACCUCACCGUGCGGAGGGACAAGAUGAGCGUAGCUACUGCUAAUGCACCCUCAGCCACCAGCCCAAUUAAAACCUGCGGGCCCCGCCUUUCUGUUUUUCCUCCACCCCAUAACGGUACAUCGUACUUGUGGUGCUUUGACUGGUGCAGACAUCCGAUUGGUGCGAAUCAGCAGUUCAUUCAUUUUACCUGUAUGCUCUCCGAAAAACAAAAUGGCUGCUGCCGAAGUGUGUGUCAAAUCAACAGAAUUUGAAUGGUCCAGUAGGGACCAUAUGUACUCUACAAGACCUCAAAGUACUCACUGAACAUUUUUCCAUGCGUGUCAUGCGUUCUUUAUAGCAAAUAGGAAGACGUCCAUGUGUAUGUUCCACGUAUGUUCUUGGCGUGAGGCAGUGUGAUUGGAUGUCAGGAGAAACCAUUCCUUAUUUUGAGGUUUGUAAUGUUUGUGAAAACUGGCACUUCAGUGCAAACUUUCGAAUGUAUGUAAAUAAGAGGAAAUGUAUAUACUCUAGUGACACUCACCUUGCAAAACUGCAAACUGUA